AUGGCGACAAAUAUCAACCGGCUAUGCUUCCUUUCAAGAAGCAAUUCUACGGCUCCUUUCUUAUAUAACACUCGCACGCUUACUCCACUCUCAUCUGCUGCCCGAAAACAAUUCAAUCGUCGCUUUCCGCGCUCUUUUUCUACCCAGAACAAUACCGAGGCAACUGUUGCGACGGAGAACAAAUCAUUAGCGGAGGAUAACACAAGUCAGAACACUUCUGAACAGUCAGCUGCCUCCACCCCGACGAGCGAGACAGCUCCGAAACCGCGGCGAAGCUAUCUGCAGAAACGAGCAGCAUCUGUAUCCGAAAGGCCCAGCCUCAGACCGUCUGUGGCGAAGAAGACCACGAAGAUACCACCGAAGAUCACAACCCAAGAGAAAUUGAUAUUUGGAGGGCUCUUAGAGCAGCUUGGCUUCAAACACGAUGGGGAAACAACCGAGUCAAGCUCGUUGAAACCAAUGAGUGAGGAGAAGAAGGCCGAAAUGGCCGAGCUCAUGUCGGUGUUCGAUAAUCUACUAAAAGACCCAAGGGCAAAGAAGGCGGCUUUGAAAGCCAAGCAGCAAGCGAGGGACGACUAUUCGCCCUAUCGAAGAUCAGAGAAAUCGGAAACGGAAGAACCAAUCCCAGCGGAGAACCAAGGUCCAAAGCGAAUCAACCUCCGUGAUCUGGGCUAUUCCGAGCCCGCCACAGCCAGCGCUGCCGAGGUAACCGUCAGCCUGCGGCGGGCGAUUGAGAUCGUUGUCAAGGCGGAAUCAGAGCACAUUGAAUUCGCACUCUUCCAAGCCAUCGAGGAUGGCAAAGGCGACAUGGGAGUGUGGGAGGUAUGCAAAGAGCGCAUCUUCUCCAUGUUGCGCCACCUAGACGAGAAGUCUCUCGUGGAGGCUUCAGACCCCGAAAGUGCGAGCACAACAGACCGCCUUGAACCACCCUCUCAGCCAUCAGGACUCCUCCGAGUCCCAGCCGUCGUCCCGGUCGCCCCAGUCGUGGUAGCUCUAUACCCGAAGGUUCUCCUAAUCUCCUUCCGCCUGCUGAACACUCACUUCCGUGAAUCCCCACUCAUCCCCCAAUUCCGCUCGACUAUCAAAGAGUACGGCCGGAUCUCUGCUUUCCUCGGUGCUUCAUCCGGGCUGUACGAUGAAUUGAUCCGCUACCACUGGCGAGUAUGCAAGGAUCUCCCCGCUGUGGUAUCCAUCCUGCGCGAGAUGAACCAGCUGGGCAUCAACCCCAGUAGCAAGUCUCGCGGCAUGCUAACCGGACUUAUCAUUCGCCAAGCCCGGGACUUGGAGACUCAUCGGAAAUCCCCGGACGGGAAGGAUUUCUUCUGGGACAUGCCGUCUAAUAAGGAGGCAUUCGAUGAGCUUACUCGGAGGGAUGGGUGGAUGGAUCAGAUCGAGGCGCGCUCAGAGGAAGAGGCGAGGCAACGCCAAGCUACUCGGACUUUCCGCCGUUGA